AAGGAUGUGGCAGACAAACAAACAAACAAACAACAAUACACACACGCACACCAUGCUUAGCGACAAGUGUGUUUCCUUUUAUCCGCAAGUAAAUGGAGACUCUGUAUUUACAUAAAAUACGUAAGCAUCUAGCCAGCAACACUCAUUCGACAAUAAGUACCCCAAAGGAUAACAACAUCGACGAGUUGAACACAGUUGACCGAACAAGAGUUGCCGUCAUACAAAGGCAAGGGGCAGCAAGAGAGAAACUUCUCAACAAUAAAAUAAAAAAAACAUUGUGCAAAAAAAACUGUCAACUUUUAAAGUGAGUCCACACAGUGCUAAAAUAAGACAUUUCCUAGUUUCCUUAUAAAGCACCGCGUAUUACGUUUCUGGGAUAUCUCAGCAACAGGUUACGGGUUAGCAUAGCAAAAUGAGACGUAGCUCAGCGAUUUUAUUCAUCUUAUGGAUGGUCACCAUCUCGAGUGGUUGGGCACAACGUUCGCCAUUUUCCUUGCAGGCAGCCGUGGACGAACUACACCGCCAGGAAUAUCCAUUGAAUGCCCCACCCGGCCAACAACCAAGGUAUAUGGCUGGCGCCUUUGGUUCAUCACCCGAUCAGGAUUAUUGGGAUGAAGACGCCGCCUACACUUUCAACACAAAGAAACAGCGAAAUCGCAUAAACAAACAGCUAGCAAAAUAUUUGGAACGGGAAAAUUAUGAAGCCGAUCAUGGUGGCUUGAGCCUCGGACCCUUUGGUGGCUAUGAAUUUGAUGCAGAUAGCAAUAGGCUUUCAUUGCCGCCAUACACGGAUGAACGCAAGCGUUCAUCGGUGUUUCGAGAGCGCAGCAAUUUCUAUGAUGAAAGUCCUGCUUCGAUUUUCCGUGAACGAGACAUGCCCGACAGCAUAGAUCGUUCCGAAUUAACCGAUCAAUUUUUAAGGGAAGUUGAACGUUCUCAAGAGCAUGGACACCAAGAUCGCUACAAGGAGGCUCUGCGUAAUCUCUGGGAAAAAUACCAACAACAAGAAAACGAAAUCGAUGGGGGAGAUGUUUAUGAGGAGCAAAAGAAACGCAUGCGCAUGCCUCCAUAUUACAUGCUUAUGCAAAAGAAGCGAUCGUAUCCGGUCCUACCAUGGUUGCCAGUUGAACGUAGGAAACGCUUUCCAGUCUCCAAACGGUCUACAAAUCACAUUGGCAAUGAGGGCCCGCUAAACAGCAUGGGUAAAACUGAUGAGAAUGUCGAGAGAGAAUUGAGCGAACUAUUCGGAGCAGCCAAUGAUGAGAAGAAAAAACGUUCCAUAGAUGAAAAACCACAUCAAGGUGUGGCAACGACACAUGGCAGCGAUAGUAGCGCUAACCCUGCUGCUGAUAUGCGUCUUGAAACCAAUGGAAAUGCCUCCAAAACUGAAGAGAUCAAACCUGUUGCCACCACCAUGGAACCCAAUCAUCACCAACAUGCUGGUCACACAAUGUCCGAGCAUAAACAUGGUAAACGAAGCAACCAUCCUGCAUCCCACGAAAGUCAUGAAGACGAUGGCGGUGAAGAAGAGGAGGAAGAUUCCGAAGAGGAGCACGAAAGCGAGGAAGAAGAUGAAGAGCACGACCAUGAACACGAUCAUGAGGAGGACGAUGAAGAAGCCAAGAAACGUAAAAAGAAGCGUGAUGUUCCAACUGCUUCCACGUCUCCAGCCAAGCGAAAGCGUAAUGUUGCUGUCCCUCUGAGGCACACAAUGGAAUCUAUGACCAUGCGCAGAAAAAAAUCCAUCGAUUGGUCAAAGUAUUUCGGUUUGGACCGUAAGAAGAAGGCCAUGAGCAUUGCGGACUCCAAUAAAACUGAUGCUGAUAUGAAGAAGCGCAAUGCCGAAGAAGAUGCUCCACCAUCGGCCAGCGAUGAUGCUGAUAAAAAGAAACGCAACAUUGACCCCACGAAAUUGGAAAAUAUGAACAAAAAAUUGCAAGCCAUUGAAGAUUUUAUUAUCAACGAAACAAUUAAAUACACUGGAGCUCAUGAAGGAAUUGGUGAUCCCGAUGAAAUCCAGCGUUUGAAGGAUCGUGUUCUGUCGCGUCUUGCUACUGCCUACAGCUUGGAGAAAAUGCGUCGAGCUUUAGAGAAAUUAAGACAAUCCGUUGAAAAUGAAAAUCAUCUUAUGCACAACAUCAUUGAGCCCGACUCUUCGGAAUCGUCGGAAAACACCUCGUUAGAGGCGACUAAACGUGAAAAAUCUCUAAGCAAAUCACAACCGGUUAUUAAUGAUGACAAGGAUGAUGAGAUGAAACGAAAAAUGAAGAAGAGCAAUGGUUUCAUGCGUUAUCCAGAUGUUCCCAACGAAUUUGGAGAAUACGAGGAAGCCAUACAAGGACCAAAUCGCUAUGAGACCCUAAAUGAUGCCUACUUGGGUAAUAAAAACUAUAUUUUGGGUACAAAUCAAUGUCCUAUUCUAGAGUCAAUGGCCCAACGUUGCCGCGGCGUGGAUUUGCUAAGUGGUGACAUUAACCAAGAAUUGCUGCCUCUCUGUGGAGUACAUCAAUUGUGUUACUUAUGCGGCACCUCCCAAAUAGCCUGCGACUACCAGUACCUUGCCGAAGCCGAUGCAGUCUGUGGUGCCAACAACAAUGACUGUCAGGCAAUUGCUCGUUCAGUUUUAAUGAUCUUGCGAGGCACUCCCGGUCCCCAAUUGGGUCCGCGAGAAUGUGUUAAGAAUUCCUGUUUGUACAGUGCCAUGCGCGAGAUAGGUCUAUAAGUGGCUGCUGGUUAAACGAAACCGAAAUGGUUGUCGUGUUUUUCGUUCAAGCUUUUUUGUCCACUACAAAAGAAAAAAGAGUGUUUUCAUUAAAUCUCAGUGUAUUUAGUUUCUAAGUCAGGAUCAAACGUUGAACAAUGUCCAUUCCAUGGAGAUAUGGACCUAUAAACGAAACACAUGAAAAUCAAAAUUAGUGUUACACCUAACCCACGAGACGAAUGAAAUAUUAUUUAAAUAUUGCAGAAAUACGUUCUUCUUCGCAUCAAAAUAACCUACAAUAAUAAUAACAAUAAAUUGAAUUAUAACAGUAGAUUGUAUAAUUAAUAAAAUUCAAAUUUAAAUCUAUGUUAUUUAGGUUAUGUCAAGUUCUUAAAUCUGUAAACGGAUGAUGAACAUUUUAUGUGCAGCAGAUAAUAUUCCGAAUAAAUUAACCAAGGAGAGAUCGACAUCAGCAUUACCAUCAACAUAAGAGAACUAAAUCCCCCCGUCCUUACUACCCCGACACAUGUCACAAAUACAAUGCAAACAUCCAUUCAAACCGAUACAAAAAAGAGAAAAUCAAUAUAUAUUUAAAUGUAUUUAUUAUAUAUGUGAGUAUUAUAUACAAUAAAAUAAAAUUAUUAAAUUGAAAGUUCCCACAUUUUCCCUUUAAUAAGUGGCACAAUAAAUGGCAGCUAAAUAAAUGUGACCCACUUUUAUUUUAAUUCAUUA